CAGACAGCUAAGUGAUCUCAUUGAGGGCGUGUCUGUGGUAAAGGCGCUCUUUCUAGGACUGGAAAUUUCAACCAGGUCCGCUUAGUAUUCAUAACAGUGAGACUCGCGGCAUAGUUUUCAUUUCAGUUUGAUAUUUGCUUCUGCUGUUGUGAAGAUGUCUGGACGUGGCAAGGGAGGUAAAGGACUCGGGAAAGGAGGCGCUAAGCGUCAUCGCAAAGUGCUCCGUGAUAACAUCCAGGGCAUCACCAAGCCUGCUAUCCGCCGCCUGGCUCGCCGCGGAGGAGUGAAGCGAAUCUCCGGGCUGAUCUAUGAGGAGACCCGCGGGGUGCUGAAGGUGUUCCUGGAGAAUGUGAUCCGGGAUGCCGUCACCUACACUGAGCACGCCAAGAGAAAGACCGUCACCGCUAUGGAUGUGGUGUAUGCGCUGAAGCGCCAGGGGCGCACUCUCUACGGGUUCGGGGUGCUGAAGCAGGUCCACCCCGACACCGGCAUCUCUUCCAAAGCGAUGGGCAUCAUGAACUCGUUCGUCAACGACAUUUUCGAGCGCAUCGCCGGCGAGUCGUCCCGCCUGGCUCACUACAACAAGCGCUCCACCAUCACUUCCCGGGAGAUCCAGACAGCCGUGCGCCUUCUGCUGCCCGGAGAGCUGGCCAAGCACGCCGUGUCUGAGGGCACCAAGGCCGUCACCAAGUACACCAGCUCCAAUUUCCAGUCGGCCGUGUCCACAGGCUGCUGCGGAAGGGAAACUAUGCCCAGCGUGUCGGCGCUGGAGCCCCGGUCUAUCUGGCCGCUGUGCUCGAGUACAAAUGCUGAAAUCCUGGAGCUGGCCGGGAACGCCGCCCGGGACAACAAGAAAACCCGAAUCAUCCCGCGUCACCUGCAGCUCGCUGUGCGCAACGACGAGGAGCUCAACAAGCUCAUGGGAGUUCGUGACCAUCGCUCAGGGCGGCUUGCUGCCCAACAUCCAGGCCGUGCUGCUGCCCAAGAAAACCGAGAAGCCCGCCAAGAGCAAUUCACCGUCUUUCCGUCAUUCAAACAGGAAUUUACUCGCAUAGUGACUGACUGGAAGCAGGGAAAGAUGGCAAGAACCAAGCAAACCGCUCGUAAAUCUACCGGAGGAAAAGCGCCGAGGAAGCAACUCGCUACCAAGGCUGCCCGAAAGAGCGCCCCUGCUACCGGCGGAGUGAAGAAGCCUCACCGUUACAGACCCGGGACUGUGGCUUUGAGAGAGAUCCGCCGCUAUCAGAAAUCCACCGAGCUGCUGAUCCGCAAGCUGCCUUUCCAGCGGCUGGUCAGAGAAAUCGCUCAGGAUUUCAAGACCGACCUGCGCUUCCAGAGCUCCGCUGUAAUGGCGCUGCAGGAGGCUAGCGAGGCUUACCUGGUCGGGCUCUUUGAGGACACCAACCUGUGUGCCAUUCACGCCAAGAGAGUCACCAUCAUGCCCAAAGACAUCCAGCUGGCUCGCCGCAUCCGAGGCGAACGCGCUUAAACCGCAACCCGGUUAAAAAACUACAUUGAACAACAAAGGCUCUUUUAAGAGCCACAACUUUACUUCAAAGAUCUGAUUCCAUUAUCAAAACUAGUAUUUCGUUAAGUCCAGACUGAUACAUUAUGUUAAUAAAGCAAGCGUAUGUAUUCUGUUGCUGUUUUUGAUCGGUAAGGUGUUAUUACAAAGCGUGUGUGUAUAGAUGUAAUAAUUUAGCUAAACGAAAAUAUUAUGCUUUUUUUAUUUGACCUAUUUUAGUAAUGUAAGUGCACAUGUCAGUAGCUGAUCUAAUACAUAUGUAUAUAAGGUUAUAUCAGGACAUUUCGGAUGAAGAGCUUCAGCUGAAUGGAAAACAAUGUUUUUGCUAAAGCAAUUCAAAUGUGCUGGUUCAGUAAAUGCUGCUCACAAGAAAUACAAUAAAAAUGGGCCAUAUUCGU